AGGAAGAUCCUGCUUAUUAGACCCAAGAUGGCCCUAGCGAACGAAGGCAACUACCGCGAGCUGCGCUGGUUUACCCCGUGGUCCAGGAGCCGGUCAUGAGGCAUCUGAUUUUCAUCCAAAGAGAGAUUACUGUGAUCAGCUUCCGAAACAAGCUUCCCUCUUCCCACUGGUAAUCACUAGUUUGUUCUCUACACCUGUAAGUCUGUUUCUUUUUUCUUAUAUUUACUCGUUUGUUUUAUUUUUUAGGUUCCACAUAUAAAUGAUAAGUAGUGUCUGUCUUUCUCUGUCUGACUUAUUUCACUAAGCAUAAUGCCCUCCAAGUCCGUAUACAAAUGAUGCAAAUGGCAAAAUUUCUUUUUUUUUUUGUGGCUGAGUAGUAUUCCAUUGUGUAUAUAUAUCACAUCUUCUUUAUCCAUUCAUCUGUCGAUGGACACAGGUUGCUUCCACAUCUUGGCUAUUUAUUGUAAAUGUGCUGCUUAUGAACAUUGGGGUGCAUGUAGUUUUUCAGAUUAGUAUCUAUGUGUUUUUCAAAAAUAUGCCCAGGAAUGGGAUUGCUGGAUCAUAUGGUAGCUCUGUUUUUAGUUUUUUGAGAAACUUCCCUACUGUUUUCCACAGUGGCUGCACCAAUUUACAUUCCCACCAACAGCGCCCAAGGGUUACCUGUCUCUUCUGUUCCUUGAUGCACCUGAUAUGUCUUCAUAUCUUCAAAUGUUUUAAUUUUUCAAAUUAUUUUCAUAGUUUCAAGCUCACUUUUUAUCUUCUAUUGUCUGAUUAUCUUUGCAAUCUUGCAUUGGUUUCUAUUGUCUCUAAUUCUUUGCCAGUAUAGACCUCUAGUUCACUUUUUUUUUCUCCGUUUCUAAUGUUGAAUCCUUUCAGACCAUCACUCAUUCAGUGAUCACUCACCCCCUGUAGAAGGGGUGGCAGUGGAUAUUGAGCUGGAACCAGAAACUUUCGUUUUGGUACGGUUAAGAAAAAGAAAAUACAGAAUUUUUAUCCUCUGGGAGUUGUGCCAAAAUGGUGACAAUAAAAUGUUUAUGUCAUUGUGUCCCUGCUUUAGUAAUGUGGCCAUCACAGCUUCAAGAUGCUAUUUCAGGUUUUUGUAGGAAAACAGAAAAAAGACUCAGUUCUUGACAGCAGAGAAUUUAAGAAUCUACUCAUUUUCAUUAGGUUCUUCGGUGGACGCCCCAAAUCUGAGCAUGGUAAGAUGGGUGUCACGGGGGCUCUUAUAGCUCCCAGCGGGGGCAGAAAAGACUCGACAUGAGCAUGGCCAGAAGUGGUUUCUUGGCAGGAACAUGCUGCUAGGGUUUCUCCAUAGGAUGCUUGCUGGGGAGGAAGGACAUCCCAUCAGAGCAGCUGUGCAGAGCAGGAGACGUUCAGGUGUGGGGGCAGCUGGAAAGAUGGGUUGGGCCAGCAUGAAGCCAGCUUGGAACGACUCACUGCCGAUUGGGGUGGGGGGGAUUAUUGUUGAUACUUUGGCUCUUUAGUGAACUGUGCAGGCCUCACAAGCCAUCCGCUAGGUGCAGGUUGGCUGUGAAGCAGAGGGUGGGAGGAGCAAAGGUGAACUUGCAUCGUCCCCUGGUGGGUUUGCCCGCAUCUGGUCCUGAAUGGGUCUUCGUGUGGAUAGAAGAGGGGAGGUGAGAAUGAAGGGGGAAACGUUGGGGCAGCUCUUGCCUUUAAAAAGAAUUGUGAUGCAGCAACUUGGCCAUCAACAAACCCACCGAUGGUGAACUGAGGGCUCAUUAUGGGAUGCCAAGGCAACUCGAGGGUCAGAGGCGGCUUCUACUUCAUUACUGAGGGAGAAACAGCAUCGUCCUCUCAACUUCUCUCUGCUUUUAAAAUUUACUUAAAUAAAAGCCCCUAAAAUCAUCCCAGAAGGCUCUUGUAAAUUCUAAGAAAGCAGAAAGAAAUCUAGAUAAUUAAAUGUCUUAAUGGUGCAUCUGGUAACAGCCUAUUUGAGAUCAGGUUUGGAAACCAUCUAUUGUUUGAAUUCUACCUUUUAGUGUAGCCCUUGGGAUGCCUUGUACUACAGUUGUGUAUUAAGCUCUGUGUCCAUCUCGUACAAUUUGGAACAUUAUUUUAUUAGUUAAGUGAUGAUACAGGUUGGUCGCUGUAUGUUGAGUUCAUGGUGUGAUCGUUUUGAUCCAGGAACUUUGAUCAGGAAUUCCACCUGGAUUUCUCCAUAGAGAAAUGUGACUACUUUUCAAAUAAGCCCCGUGACAUGCGUCUCAGAUGCUGUGCUGGAAAGCGUGGGGAAGUGGGGCCAGUGACAGGAGAGCACCACGCAUCUCGCUGUCAUGUGGCCUGGGAGCCCCAGCGAGUCGCCUUGUACUUUCCUUUUCACCUUAAAUUGUGAACACUUGACAGUUCCUUUGCCAACUCAUCGGUUCUGAGCUCUCGGUUGGAGUUUUGCUCUAUGUUCGGCUGCCAUUCUGCCUCUUUCCCGAGAUGGUCCUCCUCAGAUGUGUGGUGGUUUCCUUUCCAGGCAAACAGAGGAGUAUUUUCUCCCACGGAUGAUACAGGACCUGACAAAGCAGGAAACUGUGCCCUUCGGGGAUGCUGUCCUGUCCACCCGGGACACCUGCAUCGGGAGUGAGGUCUGCGAGGAACUCUGGACGCCCCACAGCCCGCACGUGGACAUGGGCCUGGACGGCGUGGAGAUCUUCACCAACGCCUCGGGCAGCCACCAUGUGCUGCGCAAAGCCCAUGCCAGGGUGGACCUGGUGACCAUGGCCACCACCAAGAAUGGCGGGAUUUACUUGCUGGCCAAUCAGAAGGGCUGUGAUGGGGACCGGCUGUACUAUGACGGCUGUGCCCUGAUAGCCAUGAACGGCAGCAUCUUCGCCCAGGGAUCCCAGUUCUCGCUGGAUGACGUGGAAGUCCUCACCGCCACGUUGGAUUUGGAGGACAUCAGAAGCUACAGGGCAGAGAUUUCAUCUCGAAACCUGGCGGCCAGCAGGGUGAGCCCCUACCCCCGUGUGAAGGUGGACUUCUCCCUCUCCUGCCGCGAGGAUCUGCUAGAGCCCCUGUCUGAGCCCAUCGAAUGGAAAUACCACAGUCCCGCCGAGGAGAUCAGCCUCGGACCUGCGUGCUGGCUCUGGGAUUUUUUAAGACGUAGCCAACAGGCGGGGUUCUUCCUGCCCCUGAGCGGCGGGGUGGACAGCGCGGCCACCGCCUGCCUCGUCUACUCCAUGUGCCACCAGGUCUGCAAGGCUGUGCAGCACGGAAAUCAGGAAGUGCUGGCUGACGUCCGGACCAUCGUGAACCAGACCAGCUACACCCCGCGGGACCCCCGGGAGCUCUGUGGCCGCCUCCUGACCACCAGCUAUAUGGCCAGUGAGAACUCCUCCCGGGAGACGUGCGACAGGGCCAGAGAGCUGGCGCAGCAGAUGGGCAGCCAUCACAUCCGUCUCAACAUCGACCCAGCCGUGAAGGCCGUCGUGGGCAUCUUCAGCCUGGUGACGGGGAGAAACCCUGCAUUUGCGGUUCGUGGGGGAAGCAGCCGGGAGAACCUGGCUCUGCAGAACGUGCAGGCGCGGGUGAGGAUGGUCAUCGCCUACCUCUUCGCUCAGCUGAGCCUCUGGUCCCGCGGCGCCCCGGGCGGGCUUCUCGUGCUCGGAUCCGCCAACGUGGAUGAGAGCCUCCUCGGCUACCUGACCAAGUACGACUGCUCCAGCGCAGACAUCAACCCCAUCGGUGGGAUCAGCAAGACGGACCUGAGAGCCUUCGUCCAGCUCUGCGUGGAGCGCUUCCAGCUUCCCGCCCUGCAAAGCAUCCUGGAAGCGCCGGCCACUGCCGAGCUGGAGCCUUUGGCCCACGGACGGGUGUCCCAGACAGACGAGGAGGACAUGGGGAUGACGUACGCAGAGCUGUCAGUCUAUGGGAGGCUCCGGAAGAUCGCCAAGACCGGGCCCUACAGCAUGUUCUGCAAACUCCUCAACAUGUGGAAGGACACCUGUACCCCCCGACAGGUGGCCGACAAAGUGAAGCGGUUCUUCUCGAAGUAUUCCGUGAACAGACACAAAAUGACCACGCUGACCCCCGCGUACCAUGCCGAGAGCUACAGCCCGGACGACAACAGGUUCGAUCUGCGGCCAUUUCUGUACAACACCCGCUGGCCUUGGCAGUUCCGCUGCAUAGAAAACCAGGUUCUCCAGCUGGAGAGGAGACAGCGGCAGGACCUGGACGGCGUGGACUGAGGCUAGGUCCUGCGCGGCGGGCGGGCGCCCCUCCUGGGAGGAUGUGCACGUGCUCUGUCUGCCUUGCUGCUUGCCGUGAGCGGGAGCGGCUGGCGUGUCAGCAAGCCCCGUCUGACAUGUUUCAAGGAGAGGGAUGUUUUCCAUGUAGCUUGUUUAAAAAAGGCUGAAAUAAAAAGGAUGCGAUU